AUGGUAAACAUCCUAAAAGAACAACAAGAAAAAGACAAAGAACUAUUAAACGAAAUCGAAACAUUAAAAAAACAACUAACAGAAAAAGAUAAAGAGACGAAACAAUUAAGAAAUGAAGAGGAUGAUAAUGAUAAAUUUUUCAGGCAAUUAAGAACAGUGAAUCACCGAACAUCAGCUUCAGAUGAAUUAGAUGAAGUUGUACGAUACUUGGCUCUUGAUAGUAUCGGUCUUAAUGACGAUCCAUUAAAAUGGUGGCAGAAUCAUAAAAAUAGUUUACCAGUUCUUGCACAACUGGGAGGGAAUAUCUUUCAAUUCCUGCAACUUCAGUCCCUUCUGAGAGACUAUUCUCAGAUGCUGGGAACCAUAUAA